ACAAGGAAGACGAGAGACGAGGCGCGGAGAGGGCGGAGGGAUUGAAAACCAUGGAGGCACUGCUCGCAGUGAGAUCAAAAAAACUUGUCCGUCUAGCAAGAGGUGUAGGGGAGAUAGGAGACGAAUAA